AUGUCAUAUCACUCAUCGCCUCAUUGGCCCGUCAAUAAUAAGGAUUGGCAGUCGAACUGUUCCCGUUCGGUUGCUCCUACUCCUGUCUCCUCAUGGGGAACACUCCCCGAUAGCUCGUCUGGGCAUUCCGUUCCGCGAUCCAUCGCAUUCUCAUAUACAUCGGGAGGUUAUCCCAGCUCGUCGCUUGAUUCGCCGCAUAGCAACUACAGCGUCGCAUCGAUCGAGAGUUUGUCGUCCCCUCUCCACCCGGGUCUCCAACCUCAAACUGCCCUUUCGCUCAACCUCGACCUCCUUUACACAUCCUUCCCUCCAGAACUCCCUUUCGAUCCGCGAGAAAGCGCUUUCAAUCCUCCUGUAUCCAGAGUCAAUCUUGAAUUCGAAGGUCUUCACCCUAACUGGAAAGUCUGCCUCAAACUUCCCUCCGCUAUUCUUGUAUGCCAUGUUCUGGAACAAACCUAUCGCCACUGUUAUUCCGAGAUACGACGAGAACAGGACCAGGAAGUUCCCCAUCAAUUAAGAGCCCAGGCGGCUGCCUAUUUCCAAAAGCGCGCGUCACGUAACCCAGGUCAAGCCAACCCAGCGAUGAUGCUGAUCGAUGUUAUGGGACCACGAACUCUAUUCACGGGCCUGACGCCAAAGCCAAACGACCCGACGACAUGGGUAGUUCGCUUUGGGCCAUCACCGUUCUCCCGGUGA